GGCCCCGGGUGCCCCCGGCUCUCAGCGCGGCGCUGGGCGAUGCUGGGGCCCGUCCUGCGGCCUCGGUGACCCACCCCGGGCCGGUGCCCGCCGCCGCCGGCGAGAGCCCGGCUCGUUUCGGUGUUUCCCCCCGGCUCUGCCCCGGCACCGGGGCCUCGGGGGUGCGGGAAGAGCUGCCGGGUGACUGCGGGGCGGUAACGGGAAAGGACCUUUUGGCUCUGCGGCUGGGGCGUGAUGCAGCCUGAGGAAAUGCUSAUUUACAUUUCGCUCCUUAUCCGCCAUGUAUUUGUAGUUAGUAACUUAAUUCAUCCCGUUCUUAGUACCAACUCAUGCGUUUAAUGCCCCAGUGACAGCGUUGGUCAGCCUGCAGGAAGUUUUAGCUGAAGAACAAAACUUGUCUACAUGUGCUUCACUGUCCAUUGGAAGAAUGACAGAUGACAAAGAUGUACUUCGAGAUGUAUGGUUUGGACGAAUACCGACCUGUUUCACUCUGUAUCAGGAUGAGAUAACAGAAAGGGAAGCUGAACCUUACUAUUUGCUUUUGCCAAGGAUAAGCUACUUGACACUGGUAACAGACAAAGUGAAGAAACAUUUUCAGAAAGUAAUGAGGCAAGAGGAAGUUAGUGAAAUAUGGUUUGAAUAUGAAGGUACACCACUGAAAUGGCAUUACCCAAUUGGUUUACUCUUUGAUCUCCAUGCAUCAAAUACAGCCCUUCCUUGGAGCAUCACAGUGCAUUUCAAGAAUUUUCCAGAAAAGGAUCUUUUGCACUGCCAUUCUAAGGAUGUGAUUGAAGCUCAUUUUAUGGCUUGUAUAAAAGAAGCAGAUGCUUUAAAGCACAAAAGUCAAGUCAUCAAUGAGAUGCAAAAAAAGGAUCAUAAGCAACUGUGGAUGGGGUUACAGAAUGAUAAAUUUGAGCAGUUUUGGGCAAUAAAUCGAAAACUCAUGGAGUAUCCUCCAGAAGAUAAUGGAUUUCGAUACAUCCCAUUUAGAAUUUAUCAGAGUCAUAUGAAUCAUACCUCCUGUGGUGACCAAAUCUGAUGGAGUGUGUGGGAG